AGACAUUCGACUUUACUCGAGGAGGCAGGCUAUGUGUGUUCUGAUUUCUCGUUACUCUGAGUGUUUUUUCUUGUUCAACGGGCAUUGAAAAGCCAGAAAAAUGCAGGGACCCGCGGUCUUUAUGGAUGGCACCACCGAAGAUCAAGCACAGGAAUUACGGAUCUACUUCAAGAGCCAAGGUGCUGAAAUCAGCGAAGAGAAGUCACCAAAAGGUAUUGAGGAUGAUCUACAUAAAAUCAUUGGAGUUUGUGAUACUUGCUUCAAAGAAGGUAACGAAGUUGAAAUUGAAAGCGUUCUAAAUGAUAUAGUUUCUAUCAUGAUACUCGUCCCAACUGAGAGGGCAGAAAAUAUUGUUCUUGCUUUCUGCGAAAAGUUGACCAAAGCACCUGGAUACAAGCUGGGUCUUGUUUGCCUCAAGGCAUUGUGGCUUCUUUUCCAAUCAUUGCCAGAAGACUCCUCCAUGAGAUAUCACGUUUAUUAUCACUUGAUUCAGAUUGCCAAGAAUGUUGAUCAAAUUAAAGCUGUGUACAAUGGAAUCGAGCAGCUAAAACAACAAUUUGCCACUUGUCCUCCAGCAACUGAACAGAUGCAAAAACUUCUUCGUUUGUUGCAUGAAGUUCUACUUAGCUGCAAACAAAGUGAACAGGCAGCUGCAGUGAUGGUAGAGUUGCUGGGUACUUAUACUUUAGAAAAUGCAUCUUCAGCAAGAGAAGAUGCACAGCGCUGUAUUUUAUCUGCUCUGGCUGAUCCCAAUACAUUUUUGCUAGAUCCUCUGCUAGCUUUAAAGCCAGUGAGGUUCUUGGAAGGUGAACUCAUCCACGACUUGCUUCUUAUUUUUGUACAAGAAAAGCUUCCUGCUUAUUUAAAAUUCCACAAAGAUCAUAAGGAAUUUGUCGAGAGCCAACUUGGUUUGAGCCAUGAACAAAAUAUAAAAAAAAUGAGAUUACUCACGUUCAUGCAGCUGGCAGAAUCAAACCCUGAAAUGUCUUUCCAGACGAUCCAGCAGGAACUUCAGAUUGAAGAGGAACAAGUUGAAAGCUUUAUCAUUGAUGUAUUGAAAACUAAGCUGGUGCGCGCACGAAUGGACCAAGCAGGCUGUAAGGUCCUCAUCUCGAGUACAAUGCACCGUACAUUUGGUCGACCACAGUGGCUGCAGCUGCGUGACCUCCUUGCUGCCUGGAAACUUAAUCUCAGUGGCGUUCAGGAUGGCAUGAAGAGUGUUGCCAGUGCUCAAAUGGAGCUCGCUGCCAAAACAAAGGCUCCCCUGAUUCACUGACAUACGAGGAAAUUUCACUAAGCGGUCUUUCAUGACGGUUACUCUUUCAAUGGACUGUUAAGAAGAGUAGCAUGAGAUCGCUAAUGUUUUUUUCUAAUCCUCCCGCCUUGAUUCUCUCGCAUACAAAUAUAAAUUUUUUUUUUUUUUCUAUUUUAUUUCAGU